AUGCUAGCGGAGGAGAAAGGAGCGCACAAUCACACCGGAGAGAGUGACGAUCUGAUGCGACGAAAAGCGAUUCUCGGUAUGAAGGAGCAAUGCUUAAGUCGGCCGCACAAAUCGAGCAAAGAGGUCUACCAGCAAGUUUUGGCGGACAGCUUUGUAGAGACGGAAAGGUCUCAUCCUACGGAGAAGAUCGCUGCAGCGAUGCCUACCUACAAGAACGUUCGCAGCAUUCUCCAGAGACAGAGAGCAACACAGCGGCCUCCGCUACCCGCUUGUCGAGCUGACUUAUCACUUGUCGGCGUAUGGUCCCAGACUCAUUCUGGACAGAACUUCGUUCUGUUCAACGACGGAGGCGAUGGGAAAAUUGUCGGUCUCGGCACGGAUGAGACUCUGCGGAUCUUGACUCAAGCUCCUGUAAUCUAUAUGGACGGAACAUUCCGAGUAGUUCCCAACAUAUUCUGCCAAUUGUACACUCUACAUGCCUUCUACAGGGGGCAAAUGAUGCCUCUCGUUUAUCUCCUCCUACCCGACAAGAGCACGAAUACAUACCUUCGAGCGUUUGAUCUUUUGAAGGGAUGCGCCGCCAGUAGAAAUUUCUGUCUCCAACCCCAGAAAUUUCAAGUCGAUUUCGAGCUCGCUGUACUUCGGGCGAUUCAAGAGAAGUUCCCCCUCGCCGAAAUUAAAGGGUGUAAUUUUCAUUACACUCAGGCCCUGUGGAGGAGGGUCCAGCGCGAGGGAUUGACGAUGCCUUACGGAAACGAUCCCGCCGUGGAGAAGUACAUCAGAGGCUGCAUGGCAUUGAGCCUUGUGCCACUCUCAAGCCUCGACGAUGCGUGGUUGGAGGUGGAAGCGGAAUCCCCAGGCACGAACCACGAAGCUUAUCAGAAGCUCACUCAAUUCAAGGAUUAUUUCAUAAAAACCUGGUUGGAAAACGAUCCCGUUUUCCCACGGGGGCUCUGGAACCACUUCGGCGCGAGUCUCCUGUGCCUGGUUUCUCUCAGUGCUGCUCUGGAAGGAUGCGGCAAAAAUUCAUGGAGAUUCUUCAAAGACGAGAGCUAUAUCGCUGGCGGGGAGAACGUUGAGCUCGCGGACUCUGUCGUGUCACUCCAGGUUUUCAAGAGCGAUGAAUGGUGGAGCGAUCACGAAUGGAAACAUGUAUGCGGAGGUGUACUCGUCAACCGGAGAUGGGUCUUAACGGCUGCCCAUUGUGUCAGGGAGGCUGAGAAAUGGGGAGCUGCGCGCGUCACGGUUGGAGCCACCGAAAUCGGAGGCCCCACCAAUCAAGAGAUCCCCGUUCGUCGAAUGUUCGAACAUCCCGAAUGGACGCCCAUAAGUAAAAUCAACGAUAUUGCGCUCGUCGAGCUCAAGAGGGAGAUAUCUAUCGACCAUGAAGUAUCGCCCGCUUGCGUAAAUUCCGAUCUCGCGGAUGUGAUCCCUCAUGAAUCCUGUGUGGCCCUGGGCUGGGGCAAGAUGGACGAAUCUUCCGAAUUCUCGAAGGACUUGAAGGCUGUUCCUCUGGAUCUUCUAACUUUUCCGCAGUGCAUGAGGGCGUACAGGAACAUGAACGGCAUCCGGAUCUCCCAGAACUUCCAUGUUUGCGCGGGGCGUUUGGGUGAGCGAGGUAAAGGGAUCUGUCCCGGCGACUCGGGAGGACCCUUAUUCUGCCGGACUUCUGCUCGGUCGAAUGUCCAGCUGGUGGGAAUCGCUACGAACGGAGGGCUAUGUGGCAGCCCUCAGCACCCAG